UACCUUACGUAUGUCACGAGUAAAAGCAACUAAUUCCAGAUCGUCAAACCUUUUAGUGCCAACACAACUGUGCCCAUUUCUCCCACAUGGCCAUGGCGGUGGAUUCCAUGGUCUUCUUUGUUGCCGUGGCUCUGUUCUUCAAUUUGGCAGCUUCACAGUCAACUGCAAAAUACACAAACCACACAGUUGGUGGUCCAGCUGGUUGGUUCUACAACAUCAACACUAAAAAGACUUCCGCUGAUUACUCUGCUUGGGCUGCUAAACAGACUUUUAAUCUUGGUGAUUAUUUGAUAUUUAGUACAAACACCAAUCAGACAGUUAUUCAAACAUACAAUGAGACGACAUAUAGGAAUUGCAGCAUGGAUGAUGCUUCAGAUGAUGAUACAUUUCAGUAUCAAGGAGGCAGCAAUGAGUUUGGGGAAGCAAUGACAGUCGCUGUUCCAUUGACCAUCGAGGGACCACAAUACUACUUCUCCGAUGCUGAUGAUGGCACCCAAUGCCUGAAUGGGAUGGCAUUUGAGAUCAAAGUGGGACAUGGUAUAGGACUUCCUCCGAGCCUCAACCAACCACCUCCUCCAUCCUAUGUGGAACCGCCAUCCACGGUCGAGGCGGAGUCACCGCCUAUUACCGUGGUAACCAGCCGCCCUAACGGUGGUGGUGUGAGGAGCAGUGCUGGUUCCUUCUUGGUGGUUUCUAUACUUGUAAUGUUGGUGUUGCAUUUACUCUGAGAUAGCAGGACUAUACUUACUAGUUCUCUUGAGGAUCUGGAUAGCUCCUUGGCAGAUUGAGUUGUUGGAGCUAUCUUAUUGUUUAGAAAUGAGAGAAAGAAAAGGAGUUAAUUCAAAUUAUUACAGGGUUUUUUAUUCAACAUAUAAGCAUAUUUUUUAUUCAACUAUCCUUGUUUUAGUGACUCUUGCCCUGUAUUUACCACAGGGCUACAUUGAGCAAUCUACUUUCACCAAGAAAAUUCUUAUAAAACUUCCUGAUGAUUUUGCGA